GUCGGUGAUACAAUCAAGAUCCGUGUACCAAUUCGUGGUUAUCCAGUACCUAAAGCUUCAUGGUUUAAAGAAGAUCGUGAACUUCGCGAAGGUCGUCGUGUUGACAUCACUGGAAAUAACCGACAUUCUACUCUGAUUAUUGACGAUGCCAAGAAGACAGAUGAAGGCCAGUAUUCAAUCACUUUAGAAAAUGAACUAGGCACAGAUACCAUAAUUCUACCAGUCUCCAUUGUCGAGCCCCCAGAUGCACCCAAUAAACCAGAAGUAGUGAAUAUUGAGAAACAUGAAAUAGAUCUAGUAUGGAGUGAACCGCUGUACGAUGGUGGUUCACCAAUCACAGGUUAUAUCGUAGAGAAAUGUGAUCUAGAAACAGGAUUAUGGCGUCAUGCCUUGACUACCACUACACCCUACUGUACCAUCGCCUGUCUUGAUGAACACCAUGACCUUCAGUUCCGAGUGAUGGCAGAAAACCAGUUUGGUAACAGUAAACCCAGUGAACCUACUGAAAUUGUUCAAACCAAGGAACCCAUUCCAGUUAUUGAUUAUGAUGAUCUUUAUGAUCGUACCUUCAUGGGCUCAAUGAUAGAUGUUAACAGUAUCAAGGGAGAUGUUCUUGGUAAAUACAUAAUUUGUGAAGAACUGGGCAGAGGAGCAUUUGGUGUGGUAUAUCGAGCCAUAGAGAGAGCCACUGGUAAAAACUGGGCUGCUAAAUUCAUCCACUGUCGUCCAUUUGAGAAAGAUCUUGUCAGACGGGAAAUUGAGAUAAUGAGCCAUCUACAUCAUAAAAAAUUACUUCAACUUCACGAGGCGUUCGAUCAACCUGGUGAAAUGGUCAUGAUUCUAGAAUUGUUGAGUGGAGGUGAGCUAUUUGACCGUCUGGUAGAACAAGACUAUGAUUUAACAGAAGAAGACUGUAUUACGUACAUGAAACAAGUAUGUCAAGGUGUCCAACAUAUGCAUCAACAAAACUCUAUACAUCUUGAUUUGAAGCCUGAGAAUGUGAUGUGUGUAACCAAAGACAGUAAAGAUGUAAAGAUAAUAGAUUUUGGUCUAGCCCAGAAAUUAGAGGAGGGUAAAGCCAUUAAAGUCCUGUUUGGUACAGCAGAAUUCUGUGCCCCUGAAAUUAUCAAUUUCCUACCUGUAUCGUUUGCUACUGAUAUGUGGUCUCUUGGUGUUGUCUCUUACGUUCUGUUGAGUGGAUAUUCACCGUUUGCUGGUGACAAUGAUCAUGAAACAUUCUUCAACAUUAACGCUGCCCAUUAUGACUAUAAUGAUGAUGUUUGGGAGAACGUUUCUCUGGAAGCCAAAGAUUUCAUCAACAAACUUCUUAUUUCUGACAAAAAGUAA